CCUGUGACGACGCUCCUGCACUGGCGCUAUGGCGCUAACGAAACUACCGGUCGAGCUGAUCAGCCUUAUCUCGUCCUUCCUUGAUACGCCUUCCUUCUUGACACUGCGCUAUGCCUCCAGAUCUGUCGAGGCUGGUACAAGACUUUUGUUUCGCCGGCGCUACUUCAGCUCUCGGGGCGUGAUGCUAUACGAGCCGAGCCUCGAGAAUCUGCUCGAGAUAGCUAGUAGCGAGGAAUUUCGGACGUGCGUCGAGACUGUAAUAGUAUGUCUCGAUCACAUUCCCGACUCUACGGCAGCGAUUAUGUAUAGCGAGCUUCGGCUGGAUGCUCUUGGAGAGUAUGUCCCACUUGACCAACUCCCCGGACGCGACGCAAUCGGCGAUUAUGAUUCCGACCACGGCAGUCCAGCUGGAGAGGUAGAAAUCGGCACCGGCUCGGCCGAUUCUAAUCGGGGGCUUCAGGACCAUGCACGAGAGCAGGCGCGCUUCAUAAAGUCGGGAAUCGCUUCGUGCUACUUAUCCAGUGCAUUCUCCCGGCUCCCGAACCUUAAGAGCAUCCAGAUAUCAGACACUUUCAUCCCAUGGGGUGCACGAUCCUUCCGACGAGUAACAGGGUUGAGAAUGGUGUCGACGCUCACCAACAUGGUAGACCUAGAUCUCGUACAGGCUACAGUACAGGAAACGCUUACGGCGACCUACAGCUCUUCGGCUCAGCCACUAGCACUGUCGAUCAUUGUCGGAUUCGCAGACGAGGCUAUCCGGCCCGACCUUCUAGUUCCCUCUGGAUUUCUCGCGCGGUUUAUGCGAGCGCGGCACUCAGUGAUAGCCGAGCUUUGUCUCUCGGUAUCGCCCUUCCUCCAGAACGAUAGGAGAGUAUGGAUAGACGACUUCCUGUCGUUUGUUCAUCUCUUUCCACAACUCGAGGUUCUCGACCUCGGUUUCAACGUAGUAGACGAGCAUCUCCAUUUCUCGACCAUCGGCCGGAGAGCGCACUUCCCACGACUACGCGAGCUCAGACUAGGCUAUAUCGUGUGUGAGGCGGAUAGCAUUGCGCAUAUGGUAGAACGUCAUAAGUCUACGCUCCGGGAACUCGUUUUGACGCCGAUGGAGCUACCGGCCGGGUCAGGAAGCUGGCCUCCGCUAUUGGCGUUAAUACUCGGCGCAGAACUGAUGGUAGAAGAGGUUGUGAUAGAGGAGUGUAUAGAAGGGGAUCUGAUGCUCUAUCUGCAUAGUACAAGGAAAUUAUCGAGCUUCCAGAUAUCAAAGCGGGGGCCAGACAGUCUUCCGGAGAUGUUUGCGGGACUGCAGCUGGAACGGGAGGCGUAGGUAGGUGUAGACUAGAUUAUCGUAGUACCUAACCCCCUAUACUUCUACGGGUGUCUAGGCUAGGUCCGGAGGAUUAAGCUCCUCCCACUGACCGUCAUUCCCGGCCUUAUCCUAGCUAGGGUUACUCACAUAUACUAUCUUACUCUUCGA